GGCAGCUAGGUCAUCUGAUGUGUCGACUGCUUGGAUUCGGCGCUGUAACUGAAUGCCGACGUGAAGAAAAGUGCCGUACGAGGUGACGGGGUCGGCGAGUGGAUGCCCGUGACGGAGUCUGGUCGUCACACGCCUCUUCUGGCCGGCGAAGGAUGAGACUCGUCAACGGAAAAAUUGUGGUACUCGGAGCUGAGGGUGUGGGUAAGACGUCCCUGAUGCUGAGGAUGGUGGAGAGACAGCCGCCCGUGCCGGCCCCCACUAUCGGCGCCGCCUUCUUCACCUUCAAGAUUAAGAUCGGCACCUUCCUCGUCAACCUGCAGGUUUGGGACACGGCCGGUCAGGAGCGGUUUGGCGCGAUGGCGCCGCUCUACUACAGGCACGCCAACGCCGCCCUGGUGGUGUUUGACGUAACUAACUACGAUAGCUUCUCGGCAGUGCAGCGCUGGAUUGACGCUCAGCUAUCUGCCGGUCGUUGA